CUGACGUGCACGCACGCGAGCAACAGAACCGAGCGCAUGCGCAGUUCAUUGUUUUGACUGAAAAUGCCGUCGGUUUCGAAAACGGCGGCCAAUGCGUCCCCUCAAACCGAGAAACCUACCCACUAUACAUACUUGAAGGAGUUCAGGACCGAGCAGUGCCCGUUGUUUCUUCAGCACAAGUGUACGCAGCACAGACCCUUUACGUGCUUUCACUGGCAUUUCCUCAACCAGCGGCGAAGACGACCCAUAAGAAGAAGAGACGGGACUUUUAAUUACAGCCCCGACGUUUACUGCACCAAAUACGACGAGACCACAGGCAUCUGUCCCGAUGGAGACGACUGUCCUUAUUUACACCGGACCACUGGUGACACAGAGCGCAAGUACCAUCUCCGUUACUACAAGACGGGUACUUGCAUCCAUGAGACAGACGCUCGAGGGCACUGUGUGAAGAAUGGCCUCCACUGUGCGUUUGCUCACGGGCCACAUGAUCUCCGACCUCCAGUCUAUGAUAUCAGGGAGAUCCAAGCACAAGAGGCUCUUCAGAAUGGACAGUUGGGGUCUGGGGAAGGUAUUCCUGAUCUGCAGCCGGGUGUGUUAGCUAGCCAAGCUAUGAUUGAGAAAACUCUCACAGAAGACCCCCGGUGGCAAGACACCAAUUUUGUUCUAGCCAACUAUAAAACAGAGCAGUGCACCAAGCCCCCAAGACUAUGCAGACAAGGCUACGCUUGCCCUCACUACCACAACAGUAGAGACCGGAGACGGAAUCCUAGGAAAUACAAGUAUAGGUCCACCCCGUGUCCCAAUGUGAAACAUGGGGAUGAAUGGGGAGAGCCCUCGAAGUGCGACAGUGGAGACAGUUGCCAGUAUUGUCACUCUCGUACUGAACAGCAAUUUCACCCAGAGAUCUACAAAUCUACCAAAUGCAAUGAUAUGCGACAAACUGGAUACUGUCCCAGGGGGCCGUUUUGUGCGUUUGCACAUGUAGAAAGAAUUCCCUCAACAGAAGAGACCAUGAGCUCAUUGCUAACAGUGAUACAGUCCAGUUCACAGUCACAGCUGGGCUCUCAGCAGUAUUCAGAGUGUCCUGUCAGUGAGUGGAGCAGUGGAGGGAACUCCAACUCAAAUGCAAGCAGUAGCAACGGACAAAUAGGAAGUGUUUCAUGUUCAAAUAGCUCAACUGUAACGCCAAGCUCAGGAAGCGACUGUUUGUUAUCCCCUGUGGGAUCCAUCUGCAGGCCCAAAUCCUUAACUAACAGUAGUUUAUGUUCAGAGUCCACCACUUCCAGUGCCUCAUCUCUGACGUCUAACUAUCCUAAAGCUCCGGGCUUUGAACGUGAGGAUCAGAUUAAGAACAAGGGGCAGAUGGAUCACAAAAUGAUGGACCAAGAAAAACAGGCACAAAACACUGUAUUCUCUGCGGUGAACCCUCUGGCAUCCAGCUUUACCUCCAGUAUAACAUCCAGCUUGGCUUCUAGUAUUGGCUCAGAUAGUUCAUCACCCACCACCUUAUCAACAAUGAAUGCAAAAGCCACUCCCUUUUACCCGGGCAGUAACACAGUGGAGUCUGUCAUAGGAUCUGCUCUGGAUCUCAACUUCAGUGACAUCAACGUUGCAUCUCUUGAUAAGGACUUAGAGGAGCAAGACAACAGUAUGGGGCUUGCAAGUCAGAGGAUGCUCGGAUCAGCCCCGGUGAACAUUCCUGGCUCUUUGGCUCGAUCGUCCUCUUUUAAUUCCUCGUCAUCGCUCUCCACCUCCCCUCUCAGCUCCCUCUCCCAGUCCCUGUCGCAGUCCCUGCUGUCCGGGGCGGUAUCGCAGCAAAAUCACUCAUCAAACAUGUUAGCUAAGCAAGAGCAUGGCAUGCUGGGAACACCCACCUCCUCUUCACAGAAUUCUUUGGGUUUGAAUGGAGGAGCUAGUAACAUUUGGGACUUUGUGAGCGGCAGCUUCUCUCCGAGUCCAUCUCCGGUUUUCAGCAGCCUAACCAGCAGCACAGAUCUAGCCCGCCUCUUCAGAGAGCUGGACGAAGCCAAGAGGAAGAUCAAACAAUGGGAGGAGGCCUGGCAUCAAGUUAAACAAGCGUGUGAAGCUUGCCAGAAAGAAGCUCAUGAAGCAAAGGAACAAGCGAAAACGGCAGAGGCGGAGCGUCAGCUAGCGGAACAUAAAUGGGAGGAGACCGACCGCAAGCUAAAAGACCUCCAAGGGGACUUUGACGCACUUUGUCGCACCCCCGGAACACCCCUCCUACGUAGCUACGGAGAGCUGGAGCAGCUCCCCUUGUCAAAGCUCCACUCCAUCCAGAGUCAGCUGCGUAAUGACCUAGACCUUAUAGACGGGGUAAUAUAUAUGCUUCAGUCAAAGAAAUGUAUAGUUUGCCAAAAGCAUGAUUGUUCUGCAGCCUUGCCAACAUUAUGUACUAUGUGAGAAGUGUGCGCCUAGUAAGACAGAAUGUCCCGACUGUAGAACGAAAACAUUGAAGUGGUGAUGUAUAAUUACUCGAGGUACUAUUUAAAGAAUUAACCCUUUGACAAUAUUCAUAGAUAUUACAUUUUCUAAAAAGCAAUGUCUGAUUAAAUUAAUUUAGAAUCAAAUGAUGUUUGACUGACAAAAGGAAGAGUAUUACAAAUAAGAUGGUUCAGUUCUGAUGGACUUUGCUCAUUUUAUGUGAACAUCAUCAUGCUCAAUGUGCAUGCUCUCCAGUUGAAUUACAUUUAACUUGAUCAAAAUUGAAUGCUCAUUUUGAAAUACUGGAUCAUGAUUUGGCAGAUUUAAGGACACAGAUCCUCUUCCCGUUUACGCUUUUAUCAAGAGCACAAUUUUACUGAAUGCAUAAUUCAGCUGCUCUCUCUGCAAACAAAAUGCAAAUAUGCAUUGUUACCUGUCAAAAUGCUCUUUACAUGAAACAAAAAAACCCUGCAAUCAGCAUCCUGAUUGAAAGCUGUUUACACAAAGACAUGGUGGAGUUUGUAUUUCCGCUUUAAUUUUUUGCUGUUUGUAAAUAAAAGAGACUUCACUGCACUUAAAAAUGAAAAUUGCCUCUUGGGGAAUUUGUAGCGAAAGGCACUUAAGAGUCCAGUCAGAGCAAAUCUGUGAUAUUGUUUUAAAAGGUGAGGGAGAGGAAGUUAAUCCCUGGGAUCAGACCAGAUUUUACACAUUUUAAAAUCUGUAUCUUUGAUAGCCUAUGUCUUCAGGUCAUAGUUUCUAUAAUUCAGAGGUUGAACAAAGUUUGAUCAACACUGCACCUUUUAUUCUAGUAUCAAAGUAUGCUAUUAUAUUAACCUCCAUACAGGGAUUUAAAAAUAAUCCCAAUUUGGGAUCAAAAUUAAAACAAUAACCAGGAAAAAUAAUGAGAAGUUUGUAUUUUGCUGUUAUAAGCUGGAGGCGUUGAAGUUUGGGAUCUGAAAUACAAAGAAUUCACUGUGAAAACGCUGAAAAACAAAAACUGUCAAGAAGCGAUGAGUCAUCAUGGAGCAGUCAUGUGAUAAGAAACAUAAAAUGAGCAAAAGUCAGAGUGGGUUUUUUAUUUAUUAAAGAGGAAUGCAGCAAAAAUGAGAUCAAGUUUUUAUCUCCCCCCUGAAGAAUGUGCGUGCUCGUCUCCUGUGCAGAAUGAGCAGCUGGUGUGUAAAUGGUCGCUGUUUCACGUCAUUGUACCAAAAGUACUUGAAUAUUUAGGAUGAAUGAAUACAGACUCACAGUAUGAGGGAUGAACUAGUCAUGUUCAGUGUUAGUGCUGAAUGUUAAUAAGCAGAUCUAAAUAAUUUUGUAAACUUAUGUUGCUGUGUUCCUCUUUAAGAAAAUCCACAAACCCUGAAUCCCCAUUUUUUUUAUCACAGCCAGUCAAGCAUCAUCAUUUUGACCAACUUUCUGAAGAACUUAGAUUUCUUACUAAAGCACUUUGUUGACCUGGGACUUUAUUAAAGGGUAUAUAGACGUUUUUUGCUUUAAGCUGCUUUGUAGGUAUUCUUUUGUGUCUUUUCUUUUUUUUUUUUAGAUCUAUAAUGUUUUUUCUAUAUAAGCUAAUAUCUGAAGCUUUUGCGUCUACUGUGAAACAUUGUUAGAAUAUUUCAUGUUUCCUAUCGUUAAAUCACGGCAUGGUUCUGCAUAUUAUUAAGAUUUAAUAGACAAAGUACUUAAUAGUUUCUACUUUCAUAGUUAGAUUUAUAAAAUUUCAAUCAAAUAAGUGCUAACUAAAAAUGCAUUUUAGGCAUAACCAGCAGCUGUAAUAUCAGUGAGGCACAUGCUACAUGUUGAGGCUGUUCUUCAAUCAGUUAGCUUUUGUUUUUGUAGAGAUUUAUAUAGCCUAGGCAUUAGGAGAAGCAUGUAUUGUAUUUGCUAAAAGCCUGAAAUGGUGAUUUUUGUAGGAAUCUAGCCUAAACAUAUCGGCCUCUAACUCUAAAGUGCCUUGCCUUAGUUGAAAGGUCAUGUGUAGAAUUGUCCGAGCAGACACAAGUAGGUGAAGCUUGUGCACAGGUUUGGGCGUACCGUCUUUUUAACUUAGCAGAAGCAUAGACAUGUUUAUGACUAUUUGUAUAUAAAGUAUAUCUAAAAAAAUUCCUCUGUAUUUGGCCCCAACCCCGUCGAGUAUUUCUGUUGAAGAUAGUUCAAAUCAAACAUUGUCUGUGCCUGUGUCCUGACUACAACCGCCCCUCUCCCCUUUUAAGCCUGAUUUAUACUUCUGCAUCGAUUCGAUGGUGUAGCCCAGGGGUUCCCCAAAGUGUGGGUCGGGACCCCUGGGGGGUCGCGAGACACAAAUGAGGGGUCGUGUGCUGUCUUACAGAAUGGUUCAGUCAUAACGGCACAGGAAACACAUCCCCAUGCUCAUAUAGGUAGGCUAAAUUUCUGCAGACCGGCUAAAUUAAGCAACAUUAAGUCACUUUGAGGGACAGUGGGGGUUGCAAGACUUUGGAGGCUGAAAAGUUUGGGAAUCCCUGGUGUAGCCUACCCGUAGAUCUGCGUAGCUCCCGCACCUACGCAGAGCCCUAGCUGAUGUGCACCUCCUCCGAAAUGUAACUACUUGUUGAAUCGACUCGGACUGCAAGCCCUGUGAUUGGUCCGCUCGGCGUCCGCAUUUACAGCACUUCUGGGAUCCCAGACAUCGUCGCACAUCGGCUGUGUUUUUCAUCUCCUCCGAUGUGUCCUCUCUAUUCUUCCCCAUAAUCAAUGCUGUCUGAUAAACAGCAAAACAAAAUACGCUCUGAAUCGCUGUGGAAAAGUAAACAGAAAACUCAGCGGCUAUCAGAGAGACCACACUGCCCUCAAGCAUUUUGGAGUAUUGCUGCGCGUCACGGACAUCGACGUAGAAGUUUGUAGUGCUCACGUCCGUGUCGACCCUGCUGCGUAGCGUCAACGCAGUAGUAUAACCCAGGCUUUAGAAACACCCACCCACUCAUUCCUCGGCCGUGGUGCUCUUUCGGUGCAGCUUCAGUCUUUGAAAUUAGUUUUUUCAAUUAAAUGUUUGGGAGUAUGCAAACAGGGCACAUGAAUUUGUAAAGCAACAUCUGAAAAAAUGCUUUUGAAACAUUUCAGUUACUUAGUUUUGUUGUGAUAAAUCUGCAGCGAAUGAAGAAUUCCGUAGUUAACUUGUAAGUUGUUUUUUUGCAUAGGAUUCGUGCUUUGGUUUGUGUAAUUGAAAUGACCUUCUACUGUGUUUAAAAAUCUUUUUAUUCUUGCUUUAAGAUUCUAUAGAAAAUCAUGUAUCUCCAGGUACACCUUUUGCUACUUAUAAAUAUGGGGAAAAUGCAUUGUUUACAUUCACGUAUAUGACAACUAAGCAACUCAGAGGAAAAUAUCCAGAAAAGUUAUGGUGUUUUAGCAUUUUCAUGAUUAUCUUACAGCAUUACAGGCAGGCUAACACGUCUGGUAUUGCAUGUUAUUGCGAUAUAUAAACCAGCUAGAAAAAAAAAAAGAAGAAAAAAAGUUCGCACUGUGUCUCACUGCCAGAAUAUUUGUAUUGAGUUAUAUUUAGUGUAGUAAAGGCUAAUACUUCUGCAAGCUUCGCUGCUACUGGAAAAGGUAUUGAUGUAGUUUCUUGUUAAACAUUUAGAUGUUUGAAUGUUGUGCAUCCACAGCUCAGAUUUCAGAAACAUUCGUAUCUAAUUUGAUCCUUCUUUUGAUUGAACUCUUCAUUUGUAAAUCCAUCAGAGUCAAACUUUCAGUCCUUUUGUAAACCACUUUAGAAUGAUGUCACAGACCUGUACUGCUGUAGAUCGUCCCUUUUAUUUUUUUUGGAUUGAUUGAAGUUAUUUGUGUUCUUCUUUCCCCUCAUACACUGGAGAACAGUGUAAAGUGCAGCUAAUUUCACAGGAUCCUUUGGUUUAUUUUGUUUCGCCUGUGAAGCCAAUCCAGUGAAUGAUGUCUAGUGUGAUAAUCUGAAAAAAAUGAACCAAAGGGGUGUUCUUAUAGUCGUCCAAAAAAUGUAUUUGAAAGGGAAAAUUCGCCCUUGAAAGAGAAUUUAAAUAAUCGCUAUUGUAUAGGACUGAUCAGCCUGUAUGUGUGAACAGUGUGCAAAAAGUUAAAAAGGGGCAAAACAGAGCAAAGUCCAGCUCUGUCACUGUCACAGGUUUUGUUUUGAUAUGUCAUUCAGUGGGACAGACAGAAUGUCCUCUUAGUGAGUAAACAGCAGGACUAUGCCACAACAUUAAUGGACUAGAGCCCAUUUUUUGCAGUUUUACCAAAGACCUGUACUCUCGUCGUUUCUUUUGUACUACAUUUCAUCCUUUUUGUUUGAUUUCAGUGUAAACCUAAAAUUAUUUAAAACGUAAUCACCUAGUACCUUAACUAGUUCUUGUUCAUUAACAGUGAUUAAUGGCAUCUUUUUCUAUCUCAAAAUUAGUGAGUCGAUACACAAAUGAACAAAAAAAUGCAUGGGGCAGAUCCUUCGAAAAAAGUGUUUGCGUAUUUGAUUUCGUGUUGGCGUUUAUGGCAGGCUUGUGCAAUACUGGCGAGCACAUGCUGACCUUAAGCGAGGACUCAGUGUCGGUUUAAUCGUUGUCUACAGUGAAGGAAUGUCAAAGGUGAUGACAUUUGUGCUUCUGAAGUGGCCAUAUAAACUUCACCACAGUUGUGUUUUGAAGUUGAUUUUGUUUUGUUGAUUUCGUUGAACUACAUAAUCUCAAUCACUUUGGAAAUUGGUGGUUAUGCAUUAUAUGCUGUUAUGGUCGGCCUACAGUGACUGUAAGGUGCUUUAUUUCUCUCUGACUCUUAGUUUUGUUUUCUUCAAGCGGUGGUCCAAAUUAGUUUUCGUGUUUGUGAAAUUACAGGGGGACAGAUGAUGAUUGUGACAAACGUUAAUGGCAGAUACAGACGUGAUUAAAUCUGUUGUUUUUGUUGGCCCUUAUCUUUCUAGCCGUCUACCAGCCCUAAUUUUUAAAAAAGGAUUGAAAUAUCCACAUGGUAAGCACAGCUUGUAUUUCUUUACAUUUAAAUUUCUUCAAUUUAUAACGGACCAGUGACACCCUCCAGUCAAUCUGUGCCUUUAACACAUUAUGACGAUUGGUAUAAAGAGAACAUGCCUCUGAGACAGAUGACAAAAUAUAAUCAGCUAAAUUAGAAUCAAAAGUCCAGUGCCUUAAAGUGUUUUUACGGACCACGAUGUGAUAACAAAAUACCCAGGUCACUUAAGCUGAAAGGAAAAAGGUCCCAACAGGAGGCAGCAAAUGUUGUGGAUGACUGAUAACUGUCUGUCUCGGUCUGUAUUUGCCAUUUCAUUCAGACAAAAGGAAAAAAAAACAGCAAUAUUCAAACGAUCCUGAUCUCAAUUUGUCAUUAGGCACCAAAAACCUUUAGUUUGUAAGGAAAAAAAGCACCAAAUGGGAAGAAUCUUGUAAAUGAACUGUAGUAGAUGUAUCAUUAUGCUCUGCAUUGAAAUAGUUAAAUCUAUUUUGCAUUAUUGUUAGUUGUUGUGUUGUCUUUCUGUUUUUAAUAUUAUGAAAAUGGAGCCUGAAGAUUUAUGCAAUCUUGUACAUGUAUAUGAGUAUGAUAUAUGGAUCUGUUCAAAUUAAGUCAAGUACAACGCGUGUUGUCAAAGGUAAAUAAUCUGAAUGUGGAACCGGUCGUUCCAUAGACUUUAGAGAAUUUCAGUAGAAAUGUUAUUUUAACAUUGAAGCCCUGAAAUAUUGAAUGUAUUGUUCUAAAUUAGAUAUUCAAUGAAUAGGUCACUGGAUAUUAUGGAGCGCAGUUAAUUCAUUAUGAUGUAGCAUCUAGUUGUAAACUGCUAUUCAAUAAAAUUUAUUAGAACUAAAACAAA